AGAGGUAGAAUGGAUAGGAGUUAAUGGCUGACUUGGUGGCUUUGCCAUGUGACUUGCUUGGACCAGUAAGAUGUUAGGGGGCGUGACUUAACCAUUUAACCAGUAUUGAAAAGCACUGGUGCAGUUGGGUUGCUUGCUCUUGGGCCUCUGCCCUUGCCAUGAGAAGAACUUGCUGAGGCUAGUCCACUGGGCCCAGGGAAGGGGCGAGAGGCAAGCGGAGCAGAGCCACCCCGGCCAAGCAUAGGACAGACAGAGCCCUCAGAUGACUCACAGUCUCGUGACUGAGGCCAGCCAAGAUCUGCCAAUCCACAGGCAUCGGCCAGCCGGCACCAUGGCUUCCGCCGAGCCCCUGACGGCGCUGUCCCGCUGGUACCUGUACGCCAUCCACGGCUACUUCUGCGAGGUGAUGUUCACGGCGGCCUGGGAGUUCGUGGUGAACUUUAACUGGAAGUUCCCGGGGGUCACGAGCGUGUGGGCGCUCUUCAUCUACGGCACGUCCAUCCUCAUCGUGGAGCGCAUGUACCUGCGCCUGCGUGGCCGCUGCCCGCUGCUGCUGCGCUGCCUCAUCUACACGCUCUGGACCUACCUGUGGGAGUUCACCACCGGCUUCAUCCUGCGCCAGUUCAACGCCUGCCCCUGGGACUACUCCCAGUUCGACUUCGACUUCAUGGGCCUCAUCACCCUGGAGUGCGUGCCCUGGUUCUGCGGGGCCCUCAUCGUGGAGCAGUUCAUUAUCCGCAACACCCUCCGCCUCCGCUUCGACAAGGAUGCCGAGCCCGGGGAGCCCAGCGAUGCCCUGGCCCUGGCCAAUGGCCACGUCAAGACUGACUGAGUUGGUGGGGGCGGGGAGCUGCCGGGUUGGGACCCCCGGGGGCUCUCAUGGACCCUGUGGACAAGGGUACCAAGCUGGUGGGGUUGCCCCCUCUGCACCGCACAAGCCCCGCCCAAUGGGGGGAAGCACACGGAGCAGCCUCGGACCCUCCGCCACGGGCGGGGUUGGAGGCAUGGCCAGGUGUUGGGGGCGGCAAAGGCACUUGGGGUAGAGUGCGUGGAUCUCAGCCUAGCUCAGGAACUGGAGGCGGGAGGCCUGUGGUUACGCAGCGACUGGACUUAUGUGGGUGACUUUGGAGGCAGCCGGCCCUGUCCUGGCUAAGGUACUCUGAGAAGGGGGCAGAAGGUGGGAAGCAAGGCCUGCAGGGGAUGUUGGCGGCUGCAGCCGCCAAUGCCUCCCUCCCUCUCACCUGGUUUAGUUGGGCUUGGGCUGGUUACAUUAGGCAAUAUUCAGGUGCUUGCUUGCAACCAAUACCUCCCCCCAAGGCCUGUUGAGCUGCAGCCUAAGAAGAGACUGGGCAGCUAGGAGGCUGCUGGGCAGGAAUGCUGGUCUGCAAGGGCUGGGAGGCCUUCCCUUGGUUCCUCUCCCCUCCCCCAGGGCUCCAAGCUGCUCCCUUGGCCUUCUGGGGCUCCCCCCUGGUGCUGGAUUCCCACCAACCUUGGGCUUUGGGAGGUUUCAAUCCCUGUGUGUUCGGUGGCGUUUCCCCUUUUUACCACUAACAGCCCCCUGUAUCCAUGUCAACCACCCCACCUGUCCCCACCCCCAUCUCCCUAGCCAAUACAACAGCUGCCAGAGAUAGAGCCCUGAGCAGAUCCAUUCCACCCUCUUGCAGCUUUCCCUCCCCUAUUGCCACUGGCCUGAUCCUUGGGAAGUUCCUUGUUAUGGUUCCCCGCCCCCUUAUCUGGGGGACAGUGGCAGGGCCCCUGGUGCUCACCUCCCUGCAGUGGCUAAAAACCGAAUGAUACCCCCAGCGCACAGUCAGGCUGAGAUGUGCCCCACGGAUCCACAAUGGGGACAGAGAGACAAGUCAGUUGAAGGGGGAGGUGGGCAGUAAAGGCACCUGGCUGGUUUAUUUUCAAACCAGCUAGGGACAGUCCAGCUUUCCAGAGGGUGGAGGAGCAGGUAUCCAGUGCUGAAGAGUAAUGGAGACUGAGGGAGGAAAAGGGGGCUUUUCAGCUUUGGCAAUGGCAACCCACUCCAGUAUCCUUGCCUGGAGAAUUCCAUGGACAGAUGAACCUGGCAGGCUAUAGUUCGUGGGGUUGCAAAGAGUCGGACACGACUGAUCAACUAACACUUUGGCUUUGGGAGGGUCCUCAAAGCAUCCAUAGUGGGAAUGAGUUGGUCCUGGUUCUGCCAUAGCCCCAGCCCUGCAGCGAAACCACCUCAGAUCUAACGUCUCCUUCCCCCUCCGAGCUUGCUCCUUAAGCAGGAUUAAGCCUGCCAUGUUCACGGGCAUUGUCAUCUCAGUUGCCCCACCUUCCCCUCUGACAGGUCCAUUGCUGGCAGUGGACAGUGAGAUCCUAACUCCAGCCCACUUCCAGCUCUGCCGCCUCCCGCAGGGGAGGGCUCCAUCGAACGCAGCCUACCCCACGGCAGGCGGUCUCUUCUUGACUACCCUAGGACUCUUAGGUAGAAAUUAGCCUUUCCCUUUUUAUAGAACAUUAAAAGCGGUAACACCACCUGUGGAGAGAAGUUUCUCUUCUUGCUGUACUACUCCAGGUAUGCUGUGCAGAGAGUACCAGCCAGGGCGCAAGCCGGGGUGGAGGUGCUGGGGGUGGGCAGAGUGGUGUCCUGGACUGGGAGAAAGGCUGGGAGACUCUGCCUUUGGCAGGGUUGUGUUCUGCAGUGACCCUGUCCAGGACAGGAUAAAGGGUGAUCCCCAGUUUCUCUGUUCUGAGCAGGCUCCUCAAGUCCAGGCAUGACCUACAUUCUGCAGGGAUUAACCCUCCCUUUGAUUUUAUGUGGCUCCAAUUGCAGGGCUUUGGGGCUCCCAGGGACUCAGCUUUCCAGUGGGGGCCAAUUGCUUUCCAUCUACAGGUGGAGGAGAUUCCAGAGGAAGAGGAUUGCCUGGUCCCCCGUUCCAUAGUCACCUGCUACGAUGGCCCUGUAGUCGUCUCCUUGGUCUUUUCCCCUUGCUCCAUGUUAUCUUGGUCUCCUGAACCCCGACCCCCGACCCCUCCAAGCCCCCUAGUGGGCCCUUGGACCACACCACUCACCUUUUGUUCAUUCCUCCACGACGGAAAUCUGGGGGUCAGCUUGUUGAUGUUUCCCAGUCCAAGGCCUCUGUGAUUCUCUCCCAGAGCCAGCCCUUGGAUGGCCCACUGGGUCUGUCUGCUCCAGAAGGUUGCCCUGUCCUUGCUCCCUGGUACCAUCUCUCUCGGCCCUAUAAACUCCCAAGUGCGAAAGGUCCCCGAGUAAACCUGCCUGCCUGGCAGCGUGCAGAGCACUAUGCUUCUGCUUCAUCCAGGUGCCCCAAGGCUCCUGUUCUCUCUCACAUUCACUCCAGGUGACUGGGAUCUGCAGGCUCAGAGCUCACCAGAGGUCACCCAGACCUCAACUCUUGCUUUUUUUGGGGUAUCUUCGGGGCCCCAAUCCAUUAGUGCCCAAGGACUCUAAAGUUUGGAGUAAUCCAGCCCUGCAAAGCAGGAGAGAAUCUACUCACUGUUCAUGAACCUCUGAUGUCGUCCUGGGCCCCUCCCCACUGGCCAUGGCAGCAUCUCUGAGUCACAGGUCGCCAUGUGCUGCCCUGCAUGGUUGAAUCAAUUCCAACAUCUGCUAGGCAUCCUGCCCCUUGUGCCAUGUCCCCUCUGAUGUGCCAGUGAGUCACAAUGGCCUAUGCUUAUUCACAGCAAUAAUACCUAGGGGGUGCCCGCGAAGUCCUUUUGUCCUGGUCCCUCGCCUUCUGCAUGGGUCUCCUGGGGAGGCAGCCACUGAGUGGAUGAGGUCAUGAGAACCUGUAUUUAUGAAACUCUGGGCUAUGCAGACAUCAUCAAGGGGAUGCAGAAAAAUAGGAGGCCCAGGCCUGGGGAAGUUAUGGCUCAGGCAAGGAAAGCAACUUCCACUCCGAGGUCACCCCAGGCCUGGAGGACCUGCAGGUCCCUGCUCUGCAAAAGGGCCUUUCGUGGGUGGGACUGUCUCCCAGCUAUGGCAGCUCUUCUGAAGGACACACGACUGGUUUGUGCGCCCAUUGCCUGCUCUGUCUCCAUUGGUCUCGUUGUCUCUUUCUUUUCACAUUCGUGCACAUAAAAUAUACUGGUGUUUGUGUUCCA